GUCAAGAGUGUCAACAACGACCAGCAGAAGCAGCAGCAGCAGCAGCGUCCGGAGAAGGGAGGGGGGUCCAGAGGUAGUCGCUACGCCAGAACAUUUGUCGGACAUGGGGGAUGAUCGACCCUUCGUAUGCACUGCCCCUGGAUGUGGGCAGAGAUUCACAAAUGAAGACCAUCUGUCAGUCCACAAACACAAGCAUGAAAUGACAUUAAAAUUUGGUCCUGCCAGAACAGACUCUGUUAUCAUCGCAGACCAGACACCCACACCCACACGUUUCCUGAAGAACUGUGAGGAGGUCGGUCUGUUUAAUGAAUUGGCCACUUCCUUUGAGCAGGAGUUUUGUAAAGCACAGGAAGAAGAGCAAAGGACGAAACACCCGGCCGUCCCUUUGCAAACACCUUCGGAAGUAAAAGAUGAAGAUGAGGGUCCUUUACAGGUGGAUUCGUCCCCUCCGAACAGCCCCGAUUCAUCGUCCAGCAUGUCGGACGACAGUGGAGACUCGAGGGUGAGAGGCAAGGAGAUUCCCACAAAGCCUUUGGCCAGCUCGGCUCCCACUCCAACUAUAGUCCGUCCAGGGUCUCUCCCCCUCCACCUGAGCAACGAUGCACUACACCCGACUUUACCAUCUCCAACGUCUGUCAUCACACAAGCUCCGCCCUCCAACAGACAGCUGGGCAGCUCGCCCAGCAGCCCGUACCCUCUGGUGAGACACCUCCCGAACGGACAGACGGUCCCGCUCCUGCCCAGUCCUGUGCAAAUGACUUCAGUUAUAUCUCUUGCGAGGACGGUAAACACAGUGCCUAACAUCCCUGGAAUUCCAGGACCCCCUGUCGGAGGGGCAAGCAGUGGCUCAUCCUCCCCGUCGGGGUAUAGUCUUCACUCCGAGACGAAGAUGCGGCUGAAGGCAGCUCUAACUCAUCAGGGGCCCGGAGCACAAGAUGGAGCUGGCGGGGGUUCAGGAUCCAACCCUGCUGUCCCCCAGCGGCAGGAACAGAGCCAGCAGCCCACUCAGAACUCUGACGCACCGUCACCUGCACAGCCACAGGUGUCCCCCGCACAGCCGACGGGCGGCCGGAGGCGGCGGGCGUCAGAGAUGGACCCCGACGAGAGGAGGCAGCGUUUCCUCGAGAGGAACCGGGCGGCUGCUUCCCGCUGCAGGCAGAAACGGAAGCUGUGGGUGAACUCUUUGGAAAAGAAGGCAGAAGAUCUCGCCAGCAUGAAUGUCUCCCUGACGAAUGAAGUGACCCUCCUGAGGAACGAGGUGGCGCAGCUGAAGCAGCUGCUCCUGGCCCAUAAAGACUGUCCCGUCACCGUCAUGCAGAAGAAGGCAGCUUUCUUAGCUGCAGGAGGAGAGGAGGCCUCCAGGGACGCGCCCGCCGAGUCGAUCGGCUCCCCGGCGGCGGUCAUCCAGCACGGCCCGUCAACCCCGAACUCGGCCCCGAGCCCGGCGGCCACCAUCAACGGGAUGAGCGUCCGCGCCGCAGAGGUGGUGGCGAUGUCGGUGUUGGCCGGCAUGGGAUCGGGCCAGCCUGGAGGGGUUGUCAUGGCGACGCAGCCACAGUCAGCCCCAAGAUGAUGUGCGGACACAGGUAGACCGAAUGAACUCGAGUGGAAUUAGGAGGCCGGACUGGUGCAAAGUGUUUGAUUUUUUGUUUGUUUUUUUUUGUUGUUGUUGUUUUUUUUGUUUUUGAGAAGAGGGAGUCGCCCUCAAUCCCUCAGACGCCCUUCACCCUCACAGACACGGCACAGUGCCUCCGUCAUCCCUCAACCCCCAACAGGCUCUCCUUCCCCAGAGGCUCUGUCACUCUGUCUGUAAAUAUGAAAAAAAAAAAAAAAAUCCCGUUGUGGAACCGUGCUCUGCAGGGUUUGGCUCACUUCCUGUUCAAUUCUAACGUCUGAGAGAAGUUUUAAAUUUUAAGACAAAAAUGAUGAUUAAAGAAAAGCUACCGUCAAAGUUUCAGCUCACGAAGCAGCUUCAGUCCAGCCUGUUCCCACUCACACGGGGCUCCUUUUGUUUUGUAUCCAGGUUGACAAUUUCACUGUUUGACAUCCUGUGUUUUUUACGUGAGAAGACGUUUUUAUUCCCGAACAAGUUGCAGAUGUAAUGUUUGACCGACACAGUGAAAGUCUUUGUGGGAGAGGAGUGUUUUUUUUUUUUUUUUUGCUAGCUGGUUGCAGAGCGAGGCCGCUGGGGGGGGGGGGAAGUUUUAUCGCUUCUUUUGUUUACUUUCCAAUGUUUUCUUUACCUUCACUGUGUGUCUUCUGUUUCUCUUUGAGUUAAUUUUCCCUAAACACACCCGACGCUUUCCUCGUCACCACGAACCAAAUUGUAGAAUUGUGCACUGUUCAGCUUGUGAUGGUGUGCCUGACGUUCCUUUUUCCCCACCAUCUCUUCUCACCCAUUCGGAAUAGACGUCACUGCAUAAAUCUUAUGUAUCAAACCCUGUUGACUGCAUGGAUUAUUUAAGAAUACCACUGUUUGUGAUGAACCAUACUAUUUCUCUCUUUUUUUUUUUUUAUGUUCCUCUUCUGUUCUGUAACAUCAAAUUAUUGAUGCAAAACAAAAAAAAAAAAGUCCUUCUUAUGUAAGGAUUCUAUCCUCAGUCCUAACGUAACACACUUGAGGUUAGUCGUUUAGAGGGUUAGCGGUUUAGAAGGCCUUGAAAUGAUAAUCAAGCAUAGACUUUAAAUCCUGUACCCAGGCAUUUCAGUUGAGGAAAAGAGUAGUGCAAUAUAUUUUUCUAAUAAGUAUCAAUGUUCUUGCAUUUAGCUGACGUGUGUAGCCCAGCUGCUCGGAGGGGGUUUGGUCUAUUUCAUUUGAAAGCUAAAAUUGUGAGGUGACCAAAGCAAAUGUGAAGAUGAGUAUUGGUGAAUGAAUGGGGUCGACGAUUGGUGAGCAUUCGUAGCGAGUUACAGACGUCCUGGUCCUGGGUGCUUUCUGACGGUCGGCAGUCUUGUUAUCAUGAAGUAUCCCUGAUGCCUGUGUGAGGUGCUUGUUUUGAAAGCAGAUUGUUUUAUACAGCGUUGUACUUCCAAGACUAUCAAGUUGUUUUUGCCCUUUUUGUCACUCAGUGUUUUUUUUUAAUAUAUAUAUAUAUGACAUGUUGUUUCAAGAUGUUUUAUUUUUCUCUGUGGGAAUUUUAAAUUUUUUUUUCUCCCCCCUUCAUGAUGAUAUGUCCCCUUAAUUUGUCAAAGAGGAUAGAUGUCUUUAAUGUGCUUAUAAAGCUUGAACCACAUGAAAAAAUGUCUUGGAGAUAUCUGUAAGGAGGGAGUUCAUCCAACACUCAGGCCUCAAGAUGGGAGAAAAAUUACUUGUGUAUAGUCUAAACUAAUAAAUAAGUCGUCUCGGGCAAAUAAUGAAAUAAAUUAAUAAAAAUGUUCCUCAGUA